AUGUUGAGAAGGAUAGUCAGAUUGCCAAGGCCCAUGUUGCGGACUCUUGUGCCUACACGUAACUACCAGGUGGCCCGUUUGGAUACGUCGUUGAAAACAAACUACGAUUCCUUGACCGACUACGGAAGCUACAAGAACAAUAUUUUCACUCAUAGAUUGCCUGAAUCAACAGCACAACAGUCUCCACCUUUGGUGGCAUUACAUUCAAGAUUGAAUUUGCCAACUUCGUACUCGUUAUCUACAUUGUCACAAGCAUUAAACUUGAACAAGUUCGACGAUGGGUUAGCUAACAACUUUGGUUUGAACACCUUGGGGAAGAACUUGAUGUCGUACUACGUAGCCGAAUAUUUGUUGAUUAAAUACCCCAGAUUGCCCAUGCCUAUUCACAAUGCUGCUGUCGACUCGUUGAUGGGCGUAGAAACUUUGCAUGAAAUAGGAAAGUCCUGGGGUAUCGAAGUAGACCAAUCUUCCAAGUUGGAAAAGUACUUGAGCCAAGAGUCAGAAUUUUUGAAGUACGGAAAAUUGAGAUUUGUUUCAGAACAGAGAAAAAGUCAGGUCAAGGAAGAUGGGGUCUACGAGUUGAGUCAAGAAGAAAUUGCUUCUCUCCAUAGAAACAAAUCUUUUGUAGCCAAAGAAACUGAAGCAUAUGCCUCCGCUGUGAGAUCUAUAGUCGGUGGGUUGUACACUCAUGUUGGUGAAGAUGCCACCAAGGCAUUUAUAAGUGACCACAUUCUCUCGAGAAAGUUGCCUUUGGAACAGAUGUUCCAGUUCUCGCAACCUACCAGAGAAUUGAUCAGAUUGUGUGACAAGUUGAGCUUCACUGAACCAGUUGAAAUCAGAUUGAUUGCUGAGACUGGUAGAUUGUCAGCUCAUCCAAUUUAUGUAGCUGGUGCAUUCUGUGGUGUCGAAAAGUUGGGUGAAGGAAUAGGAUCGUCGCUAGCCGAAGCUAAGACCAGAUCUGUGGUCAAUGCCUUGUUGUCAUACUAUUUAUAUUCUCCUAUAAGCGCCGAUGGUGCUGAUGUCAAAUUUCCAAGCGACAUUGACUACAAAUUCGAAGGCAUAGUUGGCACUGGUGACGUUGCCAUCUAACUGAGCUCCUUAUUAUCAUAGUCACUUCUGUAAAUAACCUGUGUACAUAGAGUCACAUACAUACAUUCUAAUGACAUAGACGUAGUCUGG